GCAACAAGCAACGAAGAAACCAACAACGCAACAACAACGACUACACUUAACACUGCCAGCACUUACACACACAAACACACGGGCGCACACACAGCAAACAACUUUCGUUAAACAUAUUUCUACACUAUCUGCUUAACAACUGAAACUAAAUCGAACCCAACAUUAGCUGAAGAUAAGCGGCUAACAACGAAUUGAGUGCCUUUUGCAUCUUUCACACCCUUGGAAGUUUUCCCGAGGAAACGACGACGAGGCGGAGGAGAGAGAGGUAGAAGAAAAGGAGCAGAAGUUAAAGUGAAGCGGCAGGAUGUCCACACUAUCGCUGCGUAUCCAACUGGAGGGUGGUCGGGUAACGAAGACCAUACAGUUUCAGCCCAACACCACAGUCUUCGAUGCCUGCAAGGUCAUUCGCGAUAAGUUCGCCGAGGCGGUGCAAGGACAACCCAGCGAAUAUGGCCUGUUCAUUUCGGACGAGCAGAACCAGCAGGGCGUCUGGUUGGAACCCGGACGCACCCUGGGCUACUACAUCCUGCACAACCAGGACACGCUGGAGUACCGCCGCAAAACGCGCACCCUGCGCGUCCGAAUGUUGGAUGGUGCCGUGAAGACCAUCCUGGUAGAUGACUCCCAGCCGGUGUCCCAGCUCAUGGUCGUUAUAUGCACCAAGAUCGGCAUCACCAAUCACGAGGAAUACGGAUUGGUGCGCGAGGACAACGAGGCGCAGAAUGAGAACCUGCCGGACAACAAGUUCGGCACUUUGACCCUAAAGCGUAAGAUUAUGGAGAAGGAUCGUGAUGCCAAAAUGGAGAGUUUGCGCAAGAAACUCAAGACGGACGAUGAAAUGAACUGGGUGGAUGUGAGUCGAACCUUGAGGGAGCAGGGCAUCGACGAGGCAGAAACGGUUUUGCUGCGCCGUCGCUUUUUUUUUUCGGAUCAGAAUAUCGAUUCUCGCGACCCCGUGCAGUUGAAUUUGCUUUAUGUGCAGGCCAGGGACGCCAUUCUCGAUGGCACCCAUCCGGUGACCCAAGAUAAAGCUUGCGAAUUCGCUGGCAUCCAAGUGCAUAUUCAAUUUGGUCCGCACAAUGAGGCCAAGCACAAGACCGGAUUCUUAGAUUUAAAGGACUUUCUGCCUCAGUCGUAUGUGCGCACCAAGGGAAUCGAGAAGAAAAUCUUUUCGGAGCACCGAAAGCAUACGGAUCUUUCCGAAAUCGACGCCAAAGUCCUGUACACCAAGACCGCCCGGGAGUUGCCCACCUACGGCGUUACCUUCUUUCUGGUCAAGGAGAAGAUGAAUGGCAAGAACAAGCUAGUACCCCGUCUGCUGGGAGUGACCAAGGACUCGGUGCUGCGUCUGGACGAGCACACCAAGGAGAUUCUCAUCUCGUGGCCCUUGACCACAGUGCGACGUUGGGGCGCCUCGCCAAACACCUUCACUCUGGACUUUGGCGACUACGCCAAUCAAUACUACUCGGUGCAGACGACAGAGGCCGAGCAGAUUGUGCAGCUCAUUGCGGGCUACAUCGACAUUAUUCUCAAGAAGAAGCAGACCAAGGAUCAUUUCGGCAUCGAGGGCGAUGAGGGCUCCACCAUGGUGGAGGAGUCAGUGGCACCUUCCAAGGCCACCUUCUUGCAACACGAAACGAAUCGCAUGGAGCAACUUAAUGUGGAGAGCUUGGCUCAUCCAGGCAUUAUGAGGCCUUAUGACGGCGAGCGCUCUUUUAUGCAGAACGAAGUGCAGACCGUGCAGUAUGGUGCCUUCGUCGGCCAGGUGAACCAUGCCCACCAGCCGCCCUCGACUAAGGAAGUUCGCAUUAGUUCUGUGAAUCUGACGGAGCCACAGAGAGCUCUGCUGGGUUACAUAUCCGCUGGCCAGGAUGUCUUGAUUCGCGCUGACGAAGAGCUGCGCACCAAGGCACCCAUUCAGGAGUUGGGCAGUGAUAUGCGUUCCAUUGAGUGGCGUGAGAACACCUUGGACACUUCCAAACAGGCGGUGAGCAGUCAUGUGGCCACCAUGAGCGCUGCCACUGCUCAGAUAAUCACCGCCUCUCAUCCGGAUGAAGUGGAUACCGAGGCCAUUUCGGCUUCUGUCUCCCAGAUUGCCCAAACGAUACCCGAGGUGACCAAGGAAGUGCGUCUGAUUGCAGCUUUGAUGGAGAACGACACGAAUGGCGAUCAACUGCUGGAGGCUGCCCGCAAUCUGUGCAAUGCCUUCAGUGAUCUCCUCAAGGCAGCCGAGCCGGAGAGCAAGGAGCCGCCGCAACAUCUGAUUAAUGCAGCCAGUCGCGUGGGCGAGGCUACCACCCAUGUGCUGAGCACUAUUGCCGAGGAGGAAGUUCCCGAGAACCGUGACCUUCACGACAUGCUCCUCGCUUUGGCCAAGGCGGUGGCCAAUACCACGGCGGCCCUUGUGCUGCGGGCCAAGAACAUUGCCGCGAGCUGUGAGGAUGAACAGGCCAGGAAUCGGGUGAUUGGAGCGGCCAGUCAGUGUGCCCUGGCCACCAGUCAAUUGGUGGCCUGUGCCAAGGUGGUGGCACCCACUCUCCACAAUGCCGCCUGUCGCGAGCAACUGGAGGCGGCGGCCAGGAAUGUGGCGAGGGCCGUGAAUUCCUUGUGCGAGGUCUGCAACGAGGCUAGUAAUGAUCCCAAGCUAAAGGCCGAUCUGCUGGCAGCUGCGCGCGAUGUGUCCAAGAGCCUCACCGAUAUGCUGGAGCACGUGAAGCUGAGCUCCAGGGAGCGUGCCAAUCGCACCAGUACUGAACUCAGUCCCGUGGAGAAUGUGAUUAUUGGCACUGACAUUUUGGUUUCCACUCACGAUCCCCAGGAGAUGGUGCGCCAUGCCCGUACCCUUGGUCAGACCACUGCCCAGCUCAUCCAGAGCAUCAAGGGCGAGGCAGAUCAGCAGCAGGAUGCCGACUUGAAGCGUCACCUGCUGUCCGCCGCCAAGCAGCUGGCCGAUGCCACUGCCAAGUUGGUGGAGGCCGCUCGUCUCUGCUCCUCGAAUCCCCAUGAUUCGGAUAACCAAAACGCCUUGCGUAGAGCGGCGGAGGAGCUAAGGGAGAUCACCACCACGGCGGCCAAUACGCCGGCAAUGAAGCGAGGACUCAUCCAGCGACUGGAGUUCUGCUCCAAGCAAGCUGCCUCGGCGGCAACCCAGUGCAUCUCGGCGGCCCAGAAUGCUGUGCAGCACAGUCAGGAUCAUCAGACCAAGGAGACGCUGCUGCAGGAUUGCAAGCGAGUGGCGGACACCAUCCCGCGACUGGUCACCUCGUUGAAGACCACCCGUGCCCAGCCCGACGAUCCCAAUGCCCAACUGAAUCUUAUCGAGGCGGCGGAACAGUUCAUCGAGCCUGCUCUGCAGGUUUCCAAAUCGUCGAGAGCCCUUCAGCCGACGGUGACUGAUAUUCCCUCGGCUACCCAACUGUCCAAGGGAGCCCUGCACUUGGGACAAUGCGUGUCCGAGUUGCAUUCGGUGGCGCAGCGUGCUCGCGAUGCCUGCGGUGGCCAGGAACUGGAGUCGGCGCUGGAGGAGGUGCGCAAACUGCACGAUGUCCUGGACGAUACUCGCCAGGCGGCUCUCGCCGGGCAGCUGCGUCCGUUGCCGGGACAAACGGUGGAAAGUACCGCCGAUGAGCUGAGGAAAUCCGCCAAGAAUGUGGGCAUCGCCUUGAGCCAACUGCUAUCCUCUGUGCUGCACAAUCAGCGCAGCUAUGCUGGAGCUGCUGGACGAGACACUGCCCUGGCAUUGGGUGACUUUACCAGGAGCGUUCACGGAGUGGCGGCCACCACACAGAAUCCGGCGAUCAUCGACUGUGCCGAUGAUGUGGUCACCAGUUCGGCGCGACUCAUCGAGCAGGCGCAACGCACGUUGCAGGGUGUCUCCAAUCCGGAGGCCUUGACCCAAGCCGGACGGGAGGUGACCGGCGCCCUCUCCGCCACCGUGGAUUGCAUUCCCGGACAGCGGGAGGUGGACGUGGCCCUGCGAAAUGUCAGCGAUCUGAGUGAAAUCCUAUCGAUGAGCGAGUUCCCGCCCUCGGGACGUCCAUAUGCCACUCUGCAGUCGGAACUUAAGCAGGUGGCGGAGCAGUUGAGCAGCUCUGGUGGCGAGAUUGUGGUCUCGUAUGCCUCGCCAGCUCUGCUGGCCGAGAGCAGCCAGAACUUUGCAGCCAACUAUCGGGAUCUACUGUCCGUCAGCAUGGAGAUGGCCGGUCAGACGCAGGAGGAGGAGGUCCGCUCGCAGAUGAUCGAGUCCCUGCGCCAUGUGUCAACUCAAUCGUGCUCCCUCCUCUCGACGGCCAAGUCGAUUGCCGCCGAUCCUGGCCAGCCGAAUGCAAAGAACUUGCUGCACGCCGCUGCCCGAGGAGUUACCGAGAGUAUCAAUCAGCUGGUGGAUGCCAGCAUCCAAUCCGCUCCCGGACAAAAGGAAUGUGACAACGCAAUGCGCAACAUUGAAGCCCUGCGUCUGAUGCUGGACUACCCACAUGAACCCAUCAACGAGCUGGGCUACUUUGAUUGCGUGGAGCAGGCCACUGGGAAGUCUAGGAACCUGGGCUAUGCCAUCUCCGAGAUGAUCAACAAUGCCAAGCAAUCGCAGCAUGUCGAGUUCAGUCAGUCAGUGAACAAUGUUAACGACUCCAUCCAGGGAUUGAUUGAGAGCUCGUCGCAGGCAGCCUACUUGAUUGGAGUCUCGCAUCCUUCGAGCGUUGCUGGAAGACCAGGGAUUAUCGAUCAGGCCCAGCUGACUUGGGCCUACCAGGGAAUCCGUCAGCACUGCGACAUUGUGAGCAGCCAGCAGUCCACCAAGCCGCAGAUGAUCUCCGCCCUCACGGUGAUUGCCAAGCACACCAGCUAUCUGUGCUCCAUUUGCCGCCAGGCCUCGAUGAACACCUCGAAUCCGGUGGCCAAGAAUGAGUUUAUUGUGCUGGCCAAGCAAGUGGCCACCGCCACUUCUGAUUUAGUGCAAGCCAUCAAGGCGAUUGAAGAGCAGCCGGCCAGCGGAAGUCGCGAUCGUCUGGUGGAUCCCCUCCUGGAGGCUGUGAAAGCAGUGCGUCAAUAUGCCUCGAGUCCCGAGUUCAGUUCAGUGCCCGCCAAGAUAUCGGCGGAGGGCAGGAAGGCGCAGGAGCCGGUCAUCCAAGCGGGUCGCGGUGUAAUCGAUGGCGUUGUGGAGAUGGUUAAGGCUGCUAAAUCACUGGCCCUUUCCCCCGACAAUCCUCCCGUGUGGCAACAGCUCUCGAUGCACUCCACCCCGGUUUCGGAGUCCGUUAAGCGACUGGUGGACAACAUUCGCGACAAGGCGCCUGGACAGGCACAGUGCGAGCAGGUGCUCCACACCCUGGGCACUUGCACCCGUGAGCUGGACAGCUGUGCGCUGGCCGUCAAUGCUCAGGGUCUCAGCCAGCGACGGGAUAACAACUUGCACGGAUUCAGUGGACAGACGAUGAACUCUGCCUCCGAGCUGGUGGACAAACUGGAACCCAUUCGCGUGGCUGGCAAGAACAAUGCCGAGCAACUGGGUCAUGCGGUGGGCGAAAUCUCGCGUUAUGUGGUGCCCAUGGUUAAUGGAGCCAUAGGAGCCUGCACCCACAUUGUGCACAGCCAGCAGCAGAUGUCGCUGAUCCAGCAGACGCGUUCGGUGGUGGAAAGUGCCGUCACCCUGGUGCAAUCGGCCAAGGAUUCGGCCGGAAAUCCCCGAGCCACUCAUGCCCAUCCGCGACUGGAUGACGCAAUCGAUGGCACAAGGGAGGCCAUCCAGGAACUGCAGCAAACCGUGGAGAAGAUCAGCGCGGAGACGGGCAUUGUGACGGGUCUGAUGGAGCAGGUGAAUCGCUCGAUCACCCGAUUGACCGACAAGCGUCAGUCCCUGCUGAAUGCCUCGUACUCGGACACCUUUGUGGACUAUCAGACGCGCAUGGUGGCGCGGGCAAAGGAGAUCGCCAGUCUGGCCAACGAGAUGAACGCCAAGAGCAGCGUGGAACCGGCUGCUCUGCCACAACUGGCCGUCGACAUGACCCAGCACUAUCAGCAGUUGACUCAGGAUUCAGUGGGAGCCAGCACGACCACUUCUUCGCCGGAUGUGGCCAUGCGUAUUCGCACCACUGUUAUUGACUUGGGCCGAUCGGUUAGCUCCAUGAUCCAGUCGUCGGCGGGCGGAGCGAGACCCAAUGAUGUGGGCGCCCAGAAGGACAUUGCGCGCAAUGCUCGCGAGGUGUCCGAGAAGGUGGCCCAGGUGCUCGCCGCUCUGCAGGCGGGCUCCCGUGGCACACAGGCCUGCAUCAAUGCAGCCCACACGGUAUCUGGAAUCAUCGGAGAUUUGGAUACAACCAUUAUGUUUGCCACCGCGGGUACUCUCCAUUCGGAUGGCGAUGGCAGCUUUGCCGAUCAUCGCGAGCACAUUCUUCAGACGGCGAAGGCUCUGGUGGAGGACACCAAGGUUUUGGUGACUGGAGCGGCUGGAACCCAGGAUCAGCUGGCCAAUGCAGCACAGAAUGCAGUCUCAACUAUAACUCAACUGGCUGAGGCGGUAAAGCGAGGCGCUUGCUCCCUGGGAUCUACCCAACCCGAUUCUCAGGUGAUGGUCAUCAAUGCCGUCAAGGAUGUGGCUUCUGCUUUAGGCGAUUUGAUCAACUGCACCAAACUGGCUUCUGGCAAGCCCAUCAAUGAUCCCUCCAUGCAAGGACUUAAGGAGAGCGCCAGGGUGAUGGUGCUAAACGUAUCCUCGCUGCUGAAGACAGUGAAAGCUGUGGAGGAUGAACACACUCGCGGAACUCGCGCCAUGGAGGCCACCGUGGAAGCCAUCUCCCAGGAGAUUCGGGCCAUGCACACUCCCCCACCGGUGGGCAACACCCAGGUGGGACCCGAGGAUUUGAUCCGAGUGACCAUGAAUGUGACCGCUGCCACUGCAAAGGCUGUGGCUGCCGGUACCUCCAAUCUGCAGGCUGAUAUUGUAUCUGCCGCCAACCUGGGACGCCGUGCCAUCUCCGACAUGCUAAUCGUCUGCCGUUCCGUCGCCUGGAACUGUGCCGAAACGGAGGAGCUGCGUUCGCGCACCUUGGAGGCAGGAACUGCCGUGGGAGAAUCCUACCGCGACCUGCUCAGUGGCAUCCUGCACAACUGCAGUGCCGACGAUCGCAUGCACUUGUCGCGUCGCGUUGCCAAAUGCGUCACCGAUCUGGUGGCCAUGGCCAGGCUGCUCAAGGGUUCCGAUUGGAUCGAUCCCGAGGAUCCCACGGUCAUUGCUGAGAACGAACUGCUGGGCGCCGCUGCCUCCAUCGAUGCGGCAGCCAAGAAGUUGGCCUCACUGCGUCCUCGUCGCCAAGCCGACGUCAAGAUUGAACUCGACGAGAACAUGAAGUUUGACGAAAUGAUUUUGGAGGCCGCCAAGGGAAUAAUGGCAGCCUCUGCUGCCUUGGUGAGAGCCGCCAAUGCCGCACAACGCGAACUCAUCGACACGGGCAAGGUGGCCCGCCGUCCGCUGACGAGCUCCGACGAUGGCCAAUGGUCCGAGGGUCUCAUCUCGGCCGCUCGCCUUGUGGCCGCCGCCACUCACAGCCUGGUGGAGGCUGCCCAGAAUCUGGUGCGCGGCGUGGGCACCGAGGAGAUGCUCAUCUCGACGGCCAAGCAAGUGGCUGCGUCUACAGCCCAACUGCUGAUUGCCUGCAAAGUGAAGUCUAAUCCAAACUCGGAGGCUGGUCGUCGCCUGCAGGCUGCCGGAAAUGCAGUGAUCAAGUCCACCGACAACCUGGUGCGCUCCGCUCAGCAGGGCCUGGAAGCCGAGGAGGAGCACUCGCUAAAGAUCAACACAUCGAUGGUGGACGGCAUGGCGCAGGAGAUCAACGCACGAUCCGCUGUGCUGCGCAAGGAAAAAGAGCUGGAGGAGGCUCGACAGCUGCUGAAGAACGUGCGCCAUGCGCGGCGCUUCGUGAAGAACGCUCAGGGAGUCACCACGGACGAGAGUGACACGGAGUACGCCUACAGGAGCCAGGACAAUACUUUGGGUCGCAGCGGUUACUACGGUUCCGGCGAGAUGCCCAGUUCGCCAAGCUACUUGUCCGGCGGUAGCCAACAGCAGCAGAAGCACAACUACAGCUACGCCAGUCCGCAGCCGCAGCACUUCCAUCAUCCGGGAGCGGUGUCUCCGCCACCGUCCAACUAUCCUCCGCUGGACGAUACCAACGGAGACUUCCCACCACCGCCACCACCGCUCUCUACAACCAUUUCUAACAUGCAAACCGCCACGUCGGGUCACAGUUUCCGCCCUAAUCCCAAGCUAACAGCCAAUGCCGUGCCCCGGCCCUAUCCGGGCAGUCCGGGCGGCAGCAAUGGCCUAACCUCCACGCCCAACCCCUCAGGCACAAACACUAAUACCAACUACCAGCAAAGCUUUGAGUCGUCCGGCACUAAAACGCUAAACUCAUCCCCACCGGCGGUGCCAAAGAAGCCCACUGUAAACCGGAAUCUGGCGGCCUGCGUGCAGGAUCUUCAUGAUAAGACCUUUGGUCAGGGCGGCGUAGUCCAGCUCACGGGAGGAAAUGGUUAUCCAGGACAGAACUACGAGGGUUACACAUCCAGAUAUGAGACGCGAAACUUCGACAAGUCAGCCAACAAUACCACCAGCAGCAGCAGUGAAUUGGGAGCUGUGAAGCCACUCGAGUCCAGUUUCUCGCAGAUGACCCUGAACACCGAUGGCGGUAAGAUCAGCAUUGUUGACCAGGGCUCGGAGCGACUCACCUCGAUGACCCAGCGUGUGAUGGAGCGCAAGUCCUUCACCACGACAACGGAAUCCCGAUCGGAGACCAAGACGGAGAAGCAUAGUUUUCGAUUGGACUAAUUCUAGUUGCUUAAGUAAAUGUUCUAGCUUGAUGGUGAUGUGAUGAGCAUGUCGAUGUUUGCCAAAAGUGCUUUUAACAUUUACACACCCCCGUACACAUACUAAUAGAAAUAAUUUAAUAUUAAUUGUAAUUAGCCACUAGCGAAACUACAUCUAUAUGCCUCUACCCAUACAAUAUAAUCAGCCUAAUAUUAACCACCUAA